UUCGGGGGCAUAUAUAUCUUUAAAGGUAUUUAGAAGGUUAAUAUAUACAUUUUAUCAUAAAUAGAUCAUUAGUUUUGUACAUUUUGCUGCUUGAUCGUGACGUGGUUGCAUCGACACGACUGACAAGACUAAGGCAGUGUCGCUGAGUGUCCAUUAGCGGACCAACUAUUUUGUAGUCGAACUCGUUGAGGGGGCCGGAUUCGGUCUCUGGACUUCAGAGCUGGAGAUAUUGAUGGCUGAAUCUCUCUUCGCUGUAUGCUUGAUAUGCGUAUCUGGACUUUGUUGUUCAAACAGCCAGUGGAGAGAUUGUCAAGCGGAGAAGAUGAAAUCAGAUGCUUGCUCUCAGAAACGACCAGCCCCCGAGAAUCUCCGCACACCUCCAACCAACGCAUCGCCCCAACACCCCCAACCACAACAUCAUAAUAAUAUAACAUCCCACACUCCCUCACGCCUGCCGCAUCUGCUGCUCCUCAAUCAUAAUCCCCUUCUCCACCUCCGCGACAAACUCCUGGACCUGCACCGUAACCGGCACGACCGUUUCCGCAGCCUGUUCCCGCACCGUCUCGUAUCGCAGCGUCAGGGUUUCGAGUUCGGGUUUUAGGCGGGCUAGUAUAUUUCGCGGAAGAGUUAGCUUAAGCUGUGGUUGCAAGUGGUGAGUGAAUGGGGAGACUUAUAGAUCUGGGUGAUGGGAUAAUACGCAUUUCCUUCGCUUGCUGUAGCUGAGCUGCGC